CCUACCGUAGGUCGCCGAGGAAGGAGUACCAGCCAUGGCAACCGAAAAGUAUUCGGCGGCCGCCUUCCAGACGGUCCUGGAGAAGGCCAACGAGCAGGCUACCAAGGCUGAGCAGCAUGACCGUGACAAGAAGCUGCCGCAAGCGUUCGUCAUGUACAAGCAGACCCUGCAGACCUACCUGACAGUCAUUGAGGACAUGCUGUUCCAAUGCAUCCGUUUCCAGGAGCGCAACGAGGACCUCCUGCGUAUCAUCACGCCGAACGACAAGUACCGCAAGCCCACGCAUCCGCAACCCGAUCGAUCGAAGCAGGACGCGGACGUCAACGACUUCGAGCCGACGUCGAACAUGAACAGGCUCCCCGGAGUGCUGUCCAUCACGCCCGACAAGCCUGUCAAGUGGAGUGAUGUCAUCGGCCACGAGACGCCCAAGUUCGUCCUGAAGCUCGCCAUCCUGGACCGGUGCCCCAUAAAACACCCUGUCAUGUUUACCGGCAAACGCAAGACGCUCAAGUCAAUUCUUCUAUUCGGCCCGACCGGCUGCGGGAAGAGCUACUUAACCAAGGCCAUGAUUGGUGCCGCGAAGGACUGGGUGUGCAUUGACGUCAACGUUGCCUCGCUGAUGAGAGACGCGCCAGAGGGUGCAGAGGACCUCUACGUGAAGUCGCUAUUCAAGGCCGCCAGACUGUCGGCUUGGUGUCUCCUAGUUCUCCAGGACGUCCAGGAACUCUUCAAGCCGACCGACAAGCCUGUGGAAGAGCACAGAUACCAGAAGCUGCGCCAGAGCAUUGCCAACGAGGUCAAGUUCAUCAACGACAACAUGACGGCUGAGGUCACGCUGUGCAUCGCGACCACUAAUGCACCGAAGCUUAUCGACUCCUUCUUUGCCACUGCAUUUCAGAAGCGAAUCUUCAUCCCGCUGCCGAGACCCGAAGAGCGCAUGCGCAUCUUCAAGCAGCACAUUGGCAAGUCCCCCAACACCAUCACAGACGACCAGUGGAUCGAGCUGGCCGACAGGUCGUCGGGCUAUAGCGGAGAGGACAUCCUGUCUAUUGUGAUGCACACUUUCAAGGACACCGGCGAUUUGACCUUUGAAGAACUCUCCGCUGCCAUCGAACAGUACAAGCCAAGAAACGCGCCUGAUGACAUCCAGGCUUGCCUCAAGUUUAAGGAAGAACAUGCCAACACUUCCGUGUAAAGGUGCGCUGCCCGGACAUGAUGGGUCGAUAUUCGCUUAUCAACAGCAAAUUGCCUGGCGAAGCCAGCGAGAGAUAGAAGUCGACGAUGUGCAAA